UAAUGUCAAACCACGGUGUGAAUGCAGAGGGGAAACGGCUUCCUCGAAUGGCUGCCACUCUAAUGAUGCGCUUUGCUCCUGAGAGGGAGCCCACCUUUGGGGUCCAUAGGGCCAGUCUCAAGCCUCUUGGCCCUAACAGUGAGAUUAAAGAUACUCCAUCACCUGCAAAAGAGAGUCAACCCUCCAACCCAGAGUUACAGCACUUUGUUGAUAUAGAGGAACCCACUGCUGUAGACCACCUUACCCUAGAAGUCCCAUCAUUGGAGUCUUCGCCGCAAGUGGAGGACCUGGCCUCUGGGCCAGAGUCCCCUUCUGCAUGGAGCCUGAGUAGUAUUAUAGGAGGUGAAACAACCCUUGAAGACCUGGAAGACAACACAGAUGGCACUCUCAGGAGGGGCCAGAGAACUGGAGUAAAGUUCACAGACUGGCACAAGCGCCGCGUAACAGCUGUGUGUACUGAACGUUUUGGCAAGCUGCUCAGAGAAUGUCCUGAGUAUCCCAGGACUAAGAGCUGCUUUGCUGCUUUUGUACUUGAGAGAGAGGUACGUGACACGGAUGCGCAGCACUGUGAGCAAUAUGAAGUGGUAGCUCUGGGAUCAGGUCAGAACUGCUGCAGUGGUUGGCUUUCUUACACAGGAUCUGUCGUCCAUGACUGCCACGCCAUAGUCAUCGCCCGCAGAGCCCUCAAAAGGUACUUGUACAAGCAGCUCCUGCUGUUCUACAGUGCUGAUCCAGAGCUGAAGCAGCGCUCCAUAUUUGAAACUGUUCCAUCUGAACGACUGCUUCAGCUAAAGCCACGCAUGUACCUUCACCUGUACACUAACAAAACCCCCAAAGGAGCAGCUCAGUGCAUAGUUUUAAAGUCUCAAAGCAGUGCUUACACCACUCUGAAGCUGCAGUGCCAUGCUAAAGGCUCUCUCAUCCCUGCUGUCUUCCUGCUUCCAAGCGUGUGGGGUGCACGCAUCUGUUGCAUGUCCGACAGUGCCAAACUCACCCGUUGGACUGUCACUGGAGUGCAGGGGGCACUACUGAGUCAUUUUAUUAACCCAGUUUACAUUACCAGCAUUGUACUUGGUGAUUCCAGACACUGCUCAGAGAAAGUGUCUGAGAUCAUCAACAAACGUCUGGGCACAGGCUGGAAUAAUGCUCUGCCUCCACCAUUCAAACAGACCACCAUCUUCUUCCUGAGUGGAGAGAGUGUGUGGCCUGUUGAGAACACCAACUACUGCAAAGACCUCAGUGUCAACUGGUGUUUGGGAGACUCCAGUAUUGAGAUUCUGGAUAGCACCACUGGCUUUGCAAUCAACAAUUCUCCAUUUGUAAGCGGUCCUGGAUCGUCAAGCAGACUUUGCAAAAGAGCGUUGUACUUCUGCUUCAGAAAAGUCUCAACAGUGGCAGGCCACCAUGACUUUUUGUCAUUCUCCACAUACCGCAAUGCUAAAAUGGCUGCCCAGCUGUAUCAGGAGACCAAGACUCAAGUCAAUGUGCAGUUCUUGGCCAACAAUGCUGGACCGUGGAACUCCAAACACUUGGUUGAUUGCUUCAGUCGCUAAAUGACAGGUUGAACAACCCUUGAAAUUAAUUUAGGUUCCCAGAUGUUCAACAAAUUGCACCCUUUGCAUUUGGUCGUUCAUUGAUGCUUGAAAACAUAUGUUCAUAUGUAAGUUAUUAGUUCAUUAUCAGAUAUCAGAUAGCUAUAAGGCAUAUAAGUGCACUUCUACUGAAAAUAUUUGUGUUCUAAAAAGUGUAGAGAGUACUACCAGCUAUUUUAACUUUGCAGUUAUUUAAUAUUUGUUUUGCUUGUUUUACUUUUUCAAUGUUAUUUAGAUUCUGUGAUUUGGUGUUUUGUUUAUUUGGUAGGAAAGAUGGAAGAGACUUUAAGUUUGACAUACCCACACAGAAAUAUUAUAGUAGUUUAAAAGAACAUUUGUAAGGCUCAGGCCUCCCAUAAUUCAUGUUUAUCCCCAUUCAUAAUUUGUGAUAAAAUAAGCAAUAAAAACAUUGUGAAAAUGA